AUGGCUGAAUUAUUAACAAUUGAAAAAUAUGCUAGAAUAUGUGAUGAUAUUUUCUUAAUAAACACCUCCAGACAAAGUCUUGUUGUUGGUGGUGGAAACAUUGCUUUAAAAUGUGUAAGAAUAUUAAAAGGAUUAGGCUCUGAAUUAUCAUUAAUGAUAAGAGUAAAAUACCUAAGAGAGUUUGAUCAGGAUGUUGUGAAAAUGAUACUAGAGCAUAAUCAAAAAGUUUAGUAAAAGUCUACCUUUAAUACAUAACAAGAUGAGGUGCCUUCGAAACUGCUUUUAUGGUAAUAUGAAAAUAAGCCAAUACUAUGUUUGGUUUAUUCAUAAAACAUAAAUAAACUUGCCUAAGAGAAUCCUGUAAAGUGGCCUGAAAAAAAGGAAAGGGAAUAUGAGAGGAAGGAAGAAGCCUUUUAGAGAAACGACAUAUAAGGUUGA